GUGACCUCCAUGUUGGAAACAUCGCCAUAUCUGUUACGCGCCUCGAAUAAUUUUACCGGUAUUUUAUUUAUUAUCUGACUAAAGCCUGUAAGAUAUUACAGGCUGCCAAAGUGGAAAAUAUUAUAAAAUAUGGCUAUGGCAGACCAGGAAGAUUUGGGUCUGGGCGACGACCAACUCGACUCAUUUGACGACACCAAUGGUCUGCAGGAUGACACUCUGCUAAAUGACACAGACAACGAUGGAACUGGAAAUGAUGAUCCAGAGCUUGAAGCCAUUAAGGCCAGAGUCCGUGAGAUGGAGGAGGAGGCCGAAAAGCUCAAGCAGCUUCAGAAUGAAGUUGACAAGCAAAUGAACAUGGGCAGCCCUCCGGGUAUAACGAGUCCCCUUAACAUGUCCCUGGAGGAGAAGAUGGAGGCCGAUAACCGUAGCGUUUACGUCGGGAACGUGGACUACGGAGCAACGGCGGAGGAGCUGGAGCAGCAUUUCCACGGAUGUGGAUCUAUCAAUAGAGUUACGAUCUUAUGCAACAAGUACGACGGACACCCAAAGGGAUUCGCGUACAUCGAGUUCGGCGAUAGGGACUCAGUACAAACUGCCAUGGCUAUGGAUGAGUCUUUAUUCAGAGGAAGACAGAUUAAGGUUAUGCCAAAGAGGACCAAUAGACCGGGAAUGUCUACCACCAACCGUCCUCCAAGAGGAAGAGGUUCGUUCAGGUCGCGAGGUUCAAGUCGCGGUAGCUUCUAUGGCGGUUUCCGUCCAACUCGUAGGCCCAGGAGUUACAGACGAGGUGGAUAUUUUGCGCCAUAUUGAUGAUCCAAUUUAAGGGUAAUUGUAAGGAAAUCCAUAAGUUUACUCAUUUUUAGUUUUUCUCAAAAUAUUAAACGGCAUCUAUAAAAAACAUUUAUGCCACAAAAAAGAAAAAAUACAAAAGAAGGCAAACGUUGUGAAAAAAAGACAUUACAAAAAAGGAUACUAGUGAUUUUCAUAAAAUUCUAUAGUAUUAGUUUAGUUACAUUUGUGAGUGGUCUGAUGAAUGUUCAUUAGUGUGAGUGUUUUUCUCCAACAACCACUUUUAAUUUCUUUUGUAAGAGUUUUAACAUGCAUUUGUUAUUUGUUUUAUAAAUGGUAUUUCUUUAUCAUGAAAAUUUGUAACGAGUUUUCAGGUAUCUUCAGCCUGUACAAGGGUUCCAUAAUAAUUUAAAUGUAAAAAAAAAAAUUUGUAUUUACUUUAAUAAAUGAUCCAGAAAUACUCUA